AUGAAUCAUCAGACAUCUUUGACGAGAAAACAGUGUGAUUUUACCAAGCUUAUUAUGGCUGGGUAUGAUUUAGAAUUAAACAAUGGAAGUACCCAAGAUUUUGAUGUGAUGUUUCAUGGACCAAAUGGAACUGCAUACGAAGGAGGAAUUUGGAAGGUUCAUGUAACAUUACCAGAUGAUUAUCCUUUUGCAUCUCCCUCAAUUGGAUUUAUUAAUAAACUCUUACACCCAAAUGUUGAUGAGGCAUCAGGUUCUGUAUGUCUUGACGUCAUUAAUCAAACAUGGACACCAUUAUACAGUCUUGUGAAUGUUUUUGAAGUUUUUUUGCCUCAACUGUUAACAUAUCCUAAUCCUUCUGAUCCUUUAAAUAGUGAUGCAGCUUCAUUAUUAAUGAAAGACAAAAAUAUUUAUGAAGAAAAAGUAAAAGAAUAUGUUAAAUUAUAUGCAAGUAAGGAUUUAUGGGAAAGACAAAAAAAGGAAAAAAAUUCAUCAAACAUAAAUGGUAAUUUAUCUCCCGUUAGUGAACUAUCUUAUGUUGAUCAAGAAGUUCAAGAUUUAGAUUUAGACAAUUUAUAA